AUGGAGCGCUCCUUCUCCCACUUGUUGCGGACAUCCCGCCUGGCGACAUUCGACAAGAACAUCAACCAAAUCUACACCACCUCAGGAAAGGCAAAAGCCAUCGGUGACUGGGGUCUCAAGCGCAACCUGCCCACAGUCCUCAGGACACACUACCUCACCAUUGAACAGCUCGACACCGCCGAGCAUCAAACCCCCUUCCAGUCCGCCACAUCCGACUUCCUCUUCCUCCAGCGAUGGAAGGAGAACUUCCCCCGCUCUCGCCCUCCUCAGCCUCAACCCGUUGCAGUCAAGAAGGAUCUCUCGACGAUGACCGACAUCGAGUUUAAGAAGUUGCUCGAGACCGCAAGAGAGAAGCGUCAGGAAUGGAAGGCUGCUUUGAGCAAGGGUGAGGUCCGCUCGGACGAGCACCUGAGGUUCUUGAACAUCUUGACCCGUCACUCCAAGGGUUCGUCUAUCGACACCGAGACUUCACAGGCAAGCAUUGGAACGUCGCGCUCCCCCGCCAACACCAGCACCUCGGCACCCAACGCCGGAUCCAACAGCAAAGUCAAGGUCGGCCCCACCUACGGCUUCUUCGAACCCUCGACCCCCACCAUCGUUCAGGGACGCAGCUUGGGUCGCUUCCGCCAGAACCAGGUCGUCGGUGUCUCCGGUGUCGUCGCCACAUUACCCUCUUACACCCACACACAAAACACCUCAAAGUCCCUUCAGCCCUACUAUGUUCACAAGGCUGAGAUCGAGGCCGACGGUCGCCCCAACGUCGUCUUGAGCAUGAGCCCACCCAGCCCCGCAAGCUGGUCCACUUCCUCCAUCGGCGGCGGUCGCGAAAUGUACAGCUACAACAGGAACCGUUACCCCCAGGGCGCUGCUGCCAAGGCCGCAUCUUCCUCUUCCUCCGAGACUAGCCCGAGCGAGGGUACUGGACACCGCAAGGUUAUCACACGCGUCCAGGGCCUUCUCGAGACCCUUGACCAGCCCAACAACCGCGCUUAA